AUGGCGGUUGCCGUCUCUACUUCAUCUGCCGUUCGUGGCUAUUCCUUAUCCUCAGCUCUUGGGCUAACCAAAGCCGCACAAUUCGGCGCUUAUCAGCGGCUGUGUUGGCCUCGUCUCCGAUCGACGUCCCUGAAUUUCUCUGGGCGGCGUUGUACCGUGAAGCCAUUCCAUAAGCUAAUCAGGUCAAUGGCGGAGGGGCCGAACCCGGUUGUUCCAAGUAACGAGCUUUUGGAGUGGCCGAAACAGGACAAGCGUCGUUUAUUGCACGCCGUGUAUCGUGUGGGAGACCUUGACAGGACAAUCAAGUUUUACACGGAAUGUUUCGGGAUGAAGCUCUUGAGGAAGAGGGAUAUUCCGGACGAAAAAUAUUCUAAUGCGUUUCUUGGGUUUGGCCUGGAGGACUCCCACUUUGUUUUGGAGUUGACUUAUAAUUAUGGAGUCGAUCAAUAUGACAUUGGAACUGGCUUUGGACAUUUUGCCAUUGCAACUGAAGAUGUUUACAAAUUGGUCGAGAAUGUAAAGGCAAAAGGUGGUACUGUCACUCGAGAGCCGGGCCCAGUUAAAGGUGGAAAGUCUAUUAUUGCCUUUGUCAAAGAUCCAGAUGGCUACCUUUUCGAGAUAAUUCAACGUGGGCCCACACCUGAACCUCUCUGCCAAGUGAUGCUUCGUGUUGGUGAUCUGGACCGUUCUAUCAAAUUCUAUGAGAAGGCACUAGGAAUGAAACUACUGAAGAAAACUGACCGACCAGAACAAAAGUACACGAUAGCGAUGUUGGGAUAUGCCGAAGAACAUGAGACCACUGUCUUGGAACUUACAUAUAACUAUGGUGUCACUGAAUACACCAAAGGAAAUGCAUAUGCACAGGUUGCAAUUAGCACUGAUGACGUGUAUAAGAGUGCUGAGGUUGUAAAACUUGUGACUCAGGAGUUUGGAGGAAAGAUAACUCGACAGCCAGGCCCGAUUCCUGGAAUAAACACUAAAAUCACUUCUUUCCUGGAUCCUGACGGGUGGAAAACGGUUCUGGUCGACAAUGCAGAUUUUCUGAAGGAACUUGAAGGAUAA